ACUACAGCUCAGUGAAGGCGGUGGCAGAUAACAGGAGUAGGUGGAUAAGAUUGAUAAGAGCGCGCUGUGUCUCUCUCCUGCAGCAGUUCGAGUGUGGAUGAAGCAGUGCAUCUCUUUAGGGUGUCGGAGCGCUAGCUAAAUCAGUCCGAGUUUAGCGAAAACAUCACAGAGGAGCUGCGCAAAGUUAUCUGCGGAAAGGAAAAUUCUCCCUUAACAAGGGCAUCUGCCUCGCUCUCCAGUCAGCAGCAUGAUGAAGGACUGUCUGCAGUUUCUUAUCGAGCCGGCCAAAAAGCUCAAGAUCCGACUCAAGGAGUCUCGUAAGCGAGUGAAACUUGAGAAGAAGGAACCACUGUUGGAGAGUCAGUUAUUUAUCAUGGAAUUGGCCCGAGAGCUCAACAAAAUUUGCCAGAGGUCAAACAUCCUCGGCCACAUCUGGACCAGUGAGGACAUCUGGCCGGCCAGUGUGUGUCGUGAUUUCAUUGUGGAAUGGGCUGCUGUGUUGGAGAAGAGAGUACAGCCGAGGAUCAUCCUGUCUGAAUACCAGCAGGAGAAACCAGAGAAGAAAGACUGGAAGGGACACCUCCUCUGCAUGCUGGAAGCAGGGGGGGAGUGUGACAUGGGGCCCCACAAAAGAGUCAUCAUGGACUGGACACGGGAGAUAAAAAGCAGACCUCAGCCCACCGUCUGGCCAGGUGAGCCUGUGCUCAUGAUGCUAGACGACCUGGAGUUCCAGUGGAAGAGGGGUCGUCUCCCCAACCUGCUCCCAGCCAUGGAGCUCGUCAUGCUGGCUGUGAUGAACACGGACAGCCUUGUCAAGGAGGACGUGACUAAACAGUGGCUGGUGAGAAAGCAGAGGAGCCAGAAUAUUGACACUGUCCGCUACAUCCCUCACAGCGUGUGGAAUUGGAUUUGCGAUGCUGCAGAGGAAGUCACUCUGGACUCAGACUCAGCCAACCCAGACCUGCUCAUCUCCAGUGAUCAUAAGCGCAUGCGGUGUGGCCUGAAGCGCCGGGAAGUCCCGCGGUGCCAGCGGCGCUUCGACGGCUGGUGGUGUGCCGUGGGCCAGGAGGGCUACACCUCCGGACGCCACUACUGGGAGGUGGAGGUUGGGGAGCGGGACUGGCGGCUAGGUGUGGCCAAGGCGUCCGGGGUGAGGCAGGGCUUCCGCCCGCUCACCACAGCUAGAGGCUACCUGACCCUCCGUCUGGAGAGGGGCACAGAUCUGAAAGCCCUGACGGUGCCCGCCACCCCGCUGUCACAGAGCCUGGUGCCCAGGAAAGUAGGGGUGUAUCUGGACUAUGAGCAGGGCCAGCUGUCUUUCUACGAUGUGGAGAAGCGCUCCCACCUGUACACCUACAACGAGAAGUUCACGGAGGAACUGUACCCCGUGUUUGGGACUGUGGAGUCGGUCAAAGACCUGGUGAUAAGGCCUGCAGGUGUCAGACAGCCGUGCCUCUGCCCCGGGCCCUGCCUUUGGAAUUGAACUGCUUAACACACAUCAGUCACUCCUCAGUCCUGACCCUCAGCAUCCCACAGAGUCUGUGCUUUUAUUCUGGUACGUGAUUUAGUGAAUUUGAAUCGUGUGCUAAUUCUGGACUAAAAGUGUGACUCUUUCUGUGGGGUUCCUUUUAAGGUCUCACAGGGACAAGAACCGCCAUCAUUCUGCAGUACACUUUCUGUUACUCUGCAUUUGACUAUUUGUAGUGUAAGGAUGAGUACUUUAAGGCUGUCAGGUCAAAACCUUAAAACAAGCCUUGUUUUUUUCACAAUGUCCAAUAAGCUUUGAUUGGGUUUAGUCCUCAACCCUCAACCUUUCCAAGUGAAAAAAGAACGCCAAUGCUGGUUUAAAUGUGACAACGGAGAUAUGGAAGUGUAUUUUUUGAUUGCUUUUUUAUUACUUAUAAUUGAAACGUGCAAACUAACUUGACAAAUGCUAUAAAAGCAUGAAGGCACUGUGAAAGGAGGUGCGACCAGCUACUUAGAGCCUCAGUGCAGUGAAACAUUGCAGCUGCUGAAGGCUUGCUAACAUGCACAGGCAGAUAAUUGCAGACUGGGUUGACGCAUGUGAAGAGUUAAUUCUCAGUGUUUGCUUCUUUUGUCUCCUGCAAACAUUUGUCAGGAUUAUUUUGGCAGCUGUGUUUGUGUUUAUUGUUUAUGCAUGCAGUAUUAAGAUGGCUUUCUUUCCCCCCCGCCAAACAUCAAUAAAUGAACUGCAAAUGCU